AUGCAUUCGGUAUCCCAGGGACUCCUCACUGUAUGGGACUACUGCUCCAACAGGUGUAGAUACCUCCGUUGCUUGGAGGCUGAGGGGACUGUUCUUGAUGCAUGCUAUUCUAAUAAGGGAGAUGGGCUCUAUACUAUUGACACUGGCGGCGUUAUGAGGGUGUGGGCUAUCCGAAAGCAAAGAAGUGAUGGUACUGUUACUGUAUCAGUCAGCGGUCACUCUAGGCCCCCGGCACUGGCGUUGGCCUCUUUUAGUGGUGAUGCUGGCGAGACAGGUGGGGUACUCAGCCUUUGCGUAGUCACUGAUCGACAGCAGCUCCUUCAGCUGUCAUUCGAUUCUGACGAGCUCUCGAUCACUAUUAACAAGUGUAUCGAUGUGUGGCGACCUGGGCUGGCCCCUGCCAGUCUGGUCAGCUUACAGUGUGCUGAGGGGACUACAGCUGCCCUCCUGGACGGGGAUGGUCGGGCUAUCUCAUUCUAUCCCCUCGGUGCUGCCACUGAGGACGCGGUGACGGUCACUAGGCUCCGACCAACGGACGGUUCGGUCGUAACCAUAGCUAGGUGUGGUACGGCCAAGCUGUUGGCACUCUCGGCUGAUGGUCAGCUCGUUGAGAUUGAAGGGGAUACUAUUGGGGGUAGCCCACUUGAUGGUUCACGUGUGGUAUCGUUAUGGCCAGGAAGUGAUGGUAGCUGUACGUUGGUGGUGGCUGGCGGGGAACUCACGGUAACUAGUGAGGAGCUCGGUCUCGUCCAUCUCAACGACAGGCCUCGGUCAGAGGUUGUUUACGCUAAUAGUAACUCAGAAGUGGUCAUGGUAGUGGAGGCUAAUGGUUUGGUCGAAGUCCUUGACAUUCGCUCUGGUCGAAGGGUAGCGUCUCGUGAGCAUACCCUCUCACAUCGGGACUACCCUAUUGCUGUUUGUGCAGGGGAUGCACUUCUAUGUAGUGAUGGUCUGAGCACAGCGGUACUGGUCGGUGGCCAGGACCAAGGCAGGCUCGCCUUGGUCCCGGAGAGAGUUGGGGUAUCGGCACUGUGUGUGGCGUCACCUUUACUACUGUGGGUCGGCUUUGAUGAUGGGGACGUUAUUACUGCUAGAUUGGAAGGUGACACAGUGUGGACAAAGUGUGGUGAGUACUCGUGCGACUACUCCCCGGUCUGGAUGAGCGCAUUAGAGGGGACUAGGGAGGCUCUGCUGACCUUGGAGGAUGGCAGUGUGGGGCUGUUGGAAGCAUCAUUGGCGUUGGGGAAUCUCAAGAUGCUGCAAGAGUUCAAGUUUGACCAUGGACACUGCAAGCGGGCAGAAUGUGUUGGUCGUCCAGGUGAGCACACUGACAGGUAUGCUCAUUGUAAACUAGUCCGACAGAAGGGUAUCGAGAACACAGAGGCGGCUGAACUACGCUGUGAGGGCUGUGGUCACCUCCUGCCGGAAGAUACAGAAAGUGAUGAUGAUGAGGACAUAGUCCUCUGUACUGGUAUGGACGGUAGCUGUUUAGCUACUUUCCAUGGGCACUGCGCAUCGGAGCUACUAUAUGGGCGGGUGAAGGAGCUUGGGUACCACCGUAAUGAGGUCGAUGAAGGAUUCUUGCAUCUCUACUUUGCCUGUCCUUAUUGUCAUUCCAAUGGCCUGGUGGAUCCUCCGCCAGCGAAGACCUCAGCAUCGAUGAGGAAGCGCCGAAAGGAGCAUCGGAAGCCCAAGGCUUCAUCACCCCCGAGUGUGGCUGCUACUGCUGCUGAGGAGGAGGAGGAUGCCAAGCGUAAGCGGCCUCAUCAAGCCAGCGGCUUCCUGAUGGUCGAUGGGACAGCGCCUCGAGCGGCCACUAGUACCCCACUUCCUGUGGCCUUCAAGGACGCCUCUAACGGUGCACUAGCGGACUUCCUUACUCGGACUGCACCCGAUCCUAGUCGACCUAAUUCCCUGGCUAACGUAGCCAUCUACCGCCAGAGACGUCUGGCUCGGAAGGCUAUGAGGGAGAGGGAGGCCGCAGGGGCUGCUGGUAGCACUGGUGGACUUGAAUCCUGA